GACGACAUGUUCACUGUUGCCUUGUUUUUAUUUUCAAUAAUAUCAACAGAUUUUUUUUUUUAUACAAUUCUUUUUCUUACAUUUUUUAAAAUAUCAUUGAUUUCAAUCAUCUCUGACGCCCCCCUGUCGGGUUGAGGCGGAGUGGCUUGCUUGCUAAACCAGCAACAACCUACUUAGGCUAGCUGAUGUGGCUGGAGGCUAGCUAGCUGUCAGCAGAGGUCUGAAAUUACGGAAAUUGUCAUUCAAUCAUUUUGCUUGCUCUUCAAGGACUCCUGCUGAAUGGGAGAAAUGAGGGCCAUUUGUGAGUGAGAAACUUGUGUGUCUCAGUGAUGUGCCAUGGGGUAUGACGUCACCAGGUUCCAAGGGGAGGUGGAUGAAGACUUGCUGUGUCCCAUCUGCAGCAUGGUACUGGAGGAGCCAGUGCAGGCCCCGCACUGUGAGCAUGCCUUCUGCAACGCCUGCAUCACCCAGUGGUUCAAUCAGCAGCAGAUUUGUCCUGUGGACCGCACCGUGGUGACACUGGCUCACCUCCGGCCUGUGCCCCGCAUCAUGCGCAACAUGCUCUCCAAACUCCAGAUUGCUUGUGACAAUGCUGGCUUCGGCUGCACAGCCACACUGCGGCUAGAUCAACUUCAGUCUCACCUGAAGGACUGUGAGCACAACCCCAAAAGGCCCAUCAACUGUGAGGAGGGCUGUGGGUUAGAGAUGCCAAAAGAUGAGAUGUGCAACCACAACUGCAUCAAGCACUUACGUGGCGUGGUACAGCAGCAGCAGACCAAGAUCUCUGAACUGGAGAAGAAUGCUGUAGAGCACAAGCAUCAGCUGGGGGAACAAAAACGGGACAUCCAGCUGCUAAAAGCCUACAUGAGAGCAAUACGCAGCGCCAACCCCAACAUGCAGAACCUGGAGGAGAGCAUUGAGUACAACGAGAUCCUGGAAUGGGUAAAUUCCCUCCAACCUGCGCGGGUGACACGCUGGGGCGGGAUGAUCUCCACGCCAGACGCAGUUCUCCAGGCGGUCAUCAAGCGUUCACUCAUCGACAGCGGGUGUCCUCUUUCCAUCGUUAAUGACCUGAUUGAGAAUGCCCACGAGCGCAACUGGCCGCAGGGCCUGGCCACGCUGGAGACGCGGCAGAUGAACCGGCGUUACUACGAGAACUACGUUGCCAAGCGGAUCCCUGGGAAACAGGCGGUGGUGUUGAUGGCCUGUGAGAAUCAACACAUGGGAGAGGACAUGAUCCUAGAGCCUGGCCUGGUCAUGAUCUUUGCCCAUGGGGUGGAGGAGAUCUUAUAAGAACGCAAGGAGGGAAGGAGAUUUUAUAAGAAACUAGCCAACAUUAGGAGAAUGUCUAGUAUAGUUUGGCAGAGAGGAGUCCAGACAUUUAUGUCAGGGAUUUAUUCCUCUUUAUAAAAAAAAUACUCCUCUCUAAAAACAUACGAAUUAUGGGUCUAUUUCUCGAUGGAAAAAAUAUAAAAAUACAGACAUUCAACUUAUCAGGUGCAGGAUAGAAGAACGUAUCAAAGAAAAAAUAAAUGGUAUGCUCCCAUGGUGAUGUAAUCAGACCCUAAAGAAAGAAAAUGUUUUGAUCCAUGAAGAUCCAACUCGGAUCGAAACGUUGUCUUUUUUUGCGUCUGAUUAAAUCAUCAUGGGAGCAUACCAGAGUGGCAGACAUAUAUAUAUUUGCGUCUGAUUAAAUCAUCAUGGGAGCAUACCAGAGUGGCAGACAUAUAUAUAUAUUUGUGUCUGAUUAAAUCAUCAUGGGAGCAUACCAGAGUGGCAGACAUAUAUAUUUGUGUCUGAUUAAAUCAUCAUGGGAGCAUACCAGAGUGGCAGACAUAUAUAUAUUUGCGUCUGAUUAAAUUAUCAUGGGAGCAUACCAGAGUGGCAGACAUAUAUAUAUUUGCGUCUGAUUAAAUCAUCAUGGGAGCAUACCAGAGUGGCAGACAUAUAUAUAUUUGCGUCUGAUUAAAUCAUCAUGGGAGCAUACCAGAGUGGCAGACAUAUAUAUAUUUGUGUCUGAUUAAAUCAUCAUGGGAGCAUACCAGAGUGGCAGACAUAUAUAUAUUUGUGUCUGAUUAAAUCAUCAUGGGAGCAUACCAGAGUGGCAGACAUAUAUAUAUUUGUGUCUGAUUAAAUCAUCAUGGGAGCAUACCAGAGUGGCAGACAUAUAUAUAUUUGUGUCUGAUUAAAUCAUCAUGGGAGCAUACCAGAGUGGCAGACAUAUAUAUAUAUUUGUGUCUGAUUAAAUCAUCAUGGGAGCAUACCAGAGUGGCAGACAUAUAUAUAUUUGUGUCUGAUUAAAUCAUCAUGGGAGCAUACCAGAGUGGCAGACAUAUAUAUAUUUGCGUCUGAUUAAAUCAUCAUGGGAGCAUACCAGAGUGGCAGACAUAUAUAUAUUUGCGUCUGAUUAAAUCAUCAUGGGAGCAUACCAGAGUGGCAGACAUAUAUAUAUUUGCGUCUGAUUAAAUCAUCAUGGGAGCAUACCAGAGUGGCAGACAUAUAUAUAUUUGCGUCUGAUUAAAUCAUCAUGGGAGCAUACCAGAGUGGCAGACAUAUAUAUAUUUUUUUUCAAUUUCACAAUGGUUAUGUAAUUGUUUGUCUUUUGAAAGAUGAAAGUGAAAAGGGGUGGGGGGGGGAUUAAGCAGAAUGGAAGAUCUGAAAGAAUCCUAAAAUGACCAGAAGAGGAGUAUUACUUACAUAUGAGCUUAAUAUCUUUGCCUUAAAAGGACAUUUCCAAAAAUACACCUGGAAAAAGAACAUAACUGAUGAUAACCAAGAUAUUCUAAGAUGGAAUGUUUACAAGAGUCACAUAAUGUGCUAUUAAAAGCUUUGUCUGAUCUAAGUUUCUCUAGAUUCCCCCAUCCUACGUCUUCUGUUGUGUAAAUAAAUGAGUAUAAAAAAUUAUGUAAAUACAAAUAUUAUAUUGAAAAAAUAUACCCUCACUAGCUAUUCUUCUUAUACAAUAAUUAGACAAUGUGAUUUUUGUCUGUUGGUUUCCAUCUGCGUUCACACAGGAAGCACAAUUCUGAUUUAUUUUCCCACUAAUUGGUCUUUUGGCCAAUCAGAUCUUUUCACAUCAGAUCAUUUCCAGAGCUGAUCUGAUUGGUCAAAUUAGUGAAAAAAAGAUCAGAAUUGGGCUAUCUGUGUAAACAUUGGCCAUGUGUUUCAGGAUGCUACCUUUGGACAUGUUUUGCUCACUCCAGCAUUGUUUUUCUGUGAAUAUGUCAUGAUGUUUAGCUUAUUUUUUUGUGCCAUGCAUUAUAUUUAUUUAUUUGGAAGACUAUGCUUGAAGAUGUUUUCGUGUUAUGUAAAUACAAUUAAGCUCAUAAUUGUCCUUUUGCUUCUGUUGUACAUAGUCAACAUAAAGUUGGGUCCAACUGACAUUAAACGUUUGGGAUGUAACAUUGUGUAGCCUAAUCUGAUUUAUUUCAAUCAUGAUUGAAGCUUUUUUUGUGUUUUUGACUGUUUUUUUUUUACCAAACUAUUAUCUAAAGGCUUUUAAUAACUGAAUGAAACUAAAAUAACAAACGAAAAGGGACUUGAUCUAAAGACAUGGAGUAAAAAAAUAAAAAUAAAAAAUGGUGGGAAAAAGUACUCAAUUUUCAUACUUGAGUAAGUGUAAAUGCUAUACAUCAAAUUCCUUGUAUUAUGC